GCCAGUGAACAUGCGAGGUGUUUUAGUUGAUUAGAGACGUUUUUUUUUCUAUGGUGAAAGCAAUUCACGUGCAUCGUUGGGAUUCACAAAAACUGGCGGUAAGGAAUCGAUAGCUGAUCAAUAAUUUGAUGUCUUAAUCUGUGGUGCCAUUUGCGGAGAUCUUACUUGGGGCUAUCUAUGGUAGGAUAACUCGACUAAAGGGCAGGAUAGCGGUCCUUGUCAUCUUAAUUAGAAACACCGCUUCAGGGGAGAUCAGCGUGUUGUUCUUCGGAUUGAUCCUACACAAGGAUGUGUCGGGUGAGGAAUAUUGUUCGUAUUUUCUGAUGUUGGAUUAGAUGUUGGAUUAGAUGUUGAAUUAGAUGUUGGAUUAGAUGUGUAUAAGAGAGUUGAUGUAGGAAUAUCGAUGACAGCAUGAGAAUUCACAUCGAUCUGUACCCUGACAGUGACUUCCCCUUCCUGGUCCCGCCCCUGAGGGAAUGUCUGACGACCCAGGCGCCGUGUGUUAUGGGACUGGCACCCAAGAACACAACCGCCUACUGGAACGAGAUAUCCGACUACUUUUGCUUUCUAGCGCUUCCGGUUAUUGUGACUUUCGCUUUCGUGACGGAGUUGAUGAGCAUCAUUGUGCUGGCUAGACAGGUGCGUCAGUCGUUGGAUACGUACCUCCUGGGGCUGAGCCUCGCCACGGUCCUGUUGCUCACCUGCACGGUCAUGCUGUCCCUGCAGCACUACGUGGGUCCUCAUGCAGUGCUCGUCUACAGCCAGCCCUACACAGCGUCGUGCCGCGACUGGUUCUGGUACAGCGCCAUCUGGCUACUGGUCAUGAUGAGCUUCGAGCGCGUGCUGACCGUCUCCGCCUCGCGAGCCAGCACGCUGUGCUCACCCAACCAAGCCGCCGUCGUCGUGGUCAUGGUCUUCGCCGUCGGACUGGUCAGUUCCUUGCCGCGGUUCUGGGAAUACCAGGCCCAGGAGGUGCUAGAUCCGGUCAGCAACACAACGAACCUCAUCGCGGAGAAGACUUUGUCUACAACAACAGAGGAGUACAACCUGAUGUAUUUCUGGUACGUCAAGGGCGUCACUCUCUUCGUGCCGUUCUUCAUGAUGCUGCUGAUGUGUGGUAGCAUGGCGUGCCGCGCUAGACGCUCCGUGUUAACCAAACGUUACCUGGCCAUCAAACACACCAGCGGUCUCACGCUGAACCGUAAGAUCAGGGAAGAGGUCUGCUUGUCUAGGCUUCUCAUUCUUCUCAUGGUGCUUUACAUGGUCUGUUCCGCCCCUGCCGCCAUCUUGGAUCUUGUGGCUCACACGGCGCCUGAGAUGAUGGACCCAGCGUCUAGAACUUUUGCCAGCCUUUAUAACCUCUUCACCGUGGUGUUUUUCUUCCAGUUCGCCCUCCACCUCAUCAUCUACUUCUGCUUUAACAAACAGUUCAGGAUCACGAUGUUGGCGCUCUUUUGUUGCUGCUGCUAG